AUGGAAACCAGCGAACUUAGCAACUACAUAAACAUAGGAGAAAUGGGAGAAGGUGAUGAAGUAGAACUUCAAGAGCAUCAACACCAACAACAAGAAGGAACAGAAGAAACGCAAGCGUUACCGAUGUCUUAUAUAAACCAAAAUAUGGCAAUAGAUAAUGAUGGAAGCUCUAUUCAAGUGAACGAUGGCGAUGGAAAUGUUGUCGAUGAAAGCAAUUAUGUAGGAUUGAAUUUUUUCGGUGAUGCUUUUUCUGACGCUAGUACUUUGGCGACGAGUUUUCAUCAUAAUAUGGGGCAAGUUGAAGAUGAUUGGGCAAAUUCGGCUUUUGAUUCUUCAGGAGGUCAGGUUUCAAAGGAACCGACAAAGUCCGUUUUGAUUAAUCCGGAAAUAGCAAACUCACAGUUUCUUAUAGAUCCUCUCUUGACCGCUGAAAAUGGUGUUGCUCCCUUACAAUCACAGUUAUCGAUAUCAGGAUCCAAUAGUAACAAUACAAUGGUUAAUUCUGCACAACAGCAGCUGAUGCAGCGCAAUAGCGAUGGUAUUAAUGAUAACACGAGUAAUAGUUCACCACAACCACAAGAUUCCCACCAGCAGCAGCAACAACAGCUGCAACUAAAUAGUAAAUCAGGGCAUCAAUACGGGACACGAUUUGCAAAUAAACGCACCACAUUCUUUUCUCCGCAUACGCAACAACCAUUAUACCAACAUCAACUCAAUGACGAAGUGUCAAGUCAAUUGAAAAUAGAUGCAACGAGUCCAAAGCGAAAGACUGCACAGAAAAAAGAUGAGAAAGUUUAUUGUAUUUGUCGGAAACCUGACGAUCAUCGUGUAAUGAUUCAAUGUGAUUCAUGUAAAGAAUGGUUCCACAUUGCCUGCGUGAAUCUCUCGAAAGCUGAAGCCGAAGUGAUCGAAAAAUACUUUUGUCCGACCUGCGAUGAGAUUCGAAAUGGCGGUGGUGUAGGUAUUGGUGGUCGUCAAUCGAAAAAUUUAGAACUCCAAAUUUCACCAUACGAAAAUUCUGAUACAGCUGCCGACGAUGCUCAGAUGCCAUUAGUGGUAGUAGGGAAAAAAGCAAAAAGUAUCGACCCGAAAGCAUUGAUUAUGUACGACGAGAAGGAGAAGGUGAUGACUAAAUCAAAGAAAGCAAUGAAACAGUGUUUGUUCCCAGACUGCCAUAACACUGCACGAGAAAUAGACGGAUACUGUAGCGAUGAAUGUGCCGUUAAAGAUGCCGAUAAUGUGCUUUUACGAUUAGCUACUAGUGGUAAUAUUAAAAAUAACAAUCAUUAUAAUCGUAAUCUUGAUGCUAUUAUUCCUAACCUUCAUUCUAAAAGUGCUACAUCUGCGUCGUUGUCUUCAACAAUGACCGCGACAACAACAUCGUCAUCCGCUCCAACAGCAAGUCCUAGUAAUUCAAGUAUAGAAAAGACGCGAUUGGUCUUGAAAUCACCUACACCAAUUAGACCUUCAUCCGCAAGACCAUCAAUAUCAUUAAAAAUAUCAGGCCAAGAUACUACUGGUGGUGGUGCCACCUAUUCCGCUCAUAGUACUCCUACUACUUCACCUACCACUCCCGUAACAAAGAGACUUUCAUGGAAUAGUCCUACAAAAUCAGCCAAAAUUCCACGAACCUCCUCAAAUACCAAUGAUCGUAUUCGACAGACAUCGGUCAAAAACUUUUCCGAAAUAUUUACGCAAAUAUUCAAUGAUCUUUAUGAGAAAGGUGAACUGCCGCGUGAAGAGAAAAACGAUGAUGAUAUUAGAAAGGAACAAGAACCACCAGAAGUUCAAGCCGAAAAACUAGCAACGCGAAUUGAAAAAGCAAUGUUUGAUCAAUUUGCCACAAAGGUCAAAGGAGUCCCUGCACAUUGUGAACAACCAUAUAAAUCAAAACUCCGUAGUCUUUUGACGAAUCUCAAAGACAAGAAAAAUGAUUUAUUACGAAUGCGUAUAAUUAACGGUGAAAUACCACCAGAGAAAUUGGUGUUGAUGUCAUCAGAAGAUUUGGCAAAUCCGGAAUUGAAGUCAUUGGCAGAACAAGUUCGUCGCGAAAGUAUUCACAAAUCGGUAUUGUUGGCAUCGGCUGACGAACCAAGAAUCAAGAAAACUCAUAAAGGGGAUAUUAUGAUUAUCAGCAGAUCUUCAUCCCCAAGUAUUGAGCAACGUAACGAGGAAGAUAACGUAGGGGGGACAUCAACAAGAGGUAAAGGUCAUGAUGUCACCAGAAGUAUAAUUUCUCCAACUACAGCAUCUUCUCUUUCGGGAUCUUCAAGUGCGAUUACCACCUCGUCUACUUCUAUUAGUGCUAUUUCCUCUGCUUCUGCUUCAAAACCAGAUUCAAGUUUGGAUGAUUUACUUGCCAGAAUUAGUAACAAUACUCGAAGAACAAGUGCCGAAUUAUUGUCACAUCAGAAUGAAAAACAACCAGAUGAUAGUAAAAACUCCGCUGACUCUUCAUCAGUGAAUGUUGUAAUGGAUUUUGAUACUUUUAACGCACAAUCGGCGGCAAAUAAGAAAAGCAGUUACGAUGCCUGGGACCCUUCAUCAAAUGACGAUGUUCUAAUGGGCAAUAAUACUAAUAAUGAGGAUGACGGAGAUAAUGAUGAGACGAUGGUCGAUAAUUUUGCAUUAACGAAUAGUCCAACUGCAUUAUCACCAAUUUCAAGAAAUGGAGUAUCGACACCCAUGGAUUUGUCAUCACCAAUUCCAUCAGAUACACCCCCGUAUGUACCAUCACCCACCUUAUUGCCAGCAUCAUUAUCAAAGCCCACGAUCGUAAAUUCCGCCCCCACUACAACAUCCAUUUCUACCAAUGUUGUCCAGGAAAAGAAGCUAUCCAAGAACCCGGUGUGGAAUGGAAAAAUUAUAUAUCAAGGAGUUGCUAAAUUUUCCGCAAAAGCAAUUCAAAUAGCCGCACGGACAUUAGAACCACGAUUCUGGGAAGAUCUUCUUGCGCCACAGAUUACUAUUGAAGGACGUAUUCGGAUUGAGGAAGCUAGUAAAUAUUUGUCGCAACAAGGAUGCUCGAAUACUAAAGAUGUCGCCAUAAUUCAAAUUUCAUCAUCAGAUGAAGAUGCUAAUAACGAGAAACUACAGUUAGAACGGAAACAAGAGAACAAGGAACAAUUUGAUAUUCUCUUUGAAUAUUUUCACUCGCGAAAACGUUAUGGAGUCGUAGGACAACGAUAUGCUGCCGUUAAAGACAUGUAUCUUGUACCGUUGACACCUGCAGACGAAAUCCCGGAAUUCGUUCAAAUUCUAGACUACGAUGAAGUACCGGAAAAAAGAGACACAAAUAUUUUGUUGGGUGUAAUUGUAAUCAUUAAAAGUCCCUCUUCUAAACGUAAACAUCCAAAUGCUAAUAGUAGUAGUAUUAACAAUACUGCCGCUAUUACUGUUAAUACUUCUACGUCACAUCCUUCUGCUAAAAAUUUAUCAUCAUCUACUGCUUCUAUUACCACUGUUAAUAACAACAAUAAUAUACCUAUUGGAACAAAUACUUCGAAUACUGCUGCUGCUGCUUCACCAUCAUCUAGUAAUUUCUUGCAACCUUCAGCAGCAGCCGGAAUACCAAAAGAUCUAUUACAAUCAUUAUUUGCUCAUGCAGGCAUUCCUGCAAAUAACAUGGGAAAUUCCGGUGUUCCGCCUUCUCCACACACUGCCGCACAUCUUCACCAGCAUAUACCUCAGCAUCCUCAGCAUCAAUACUAUCAAUUACCACCUUCUGCUAUUCCACCCCAAUCUAUUUCUCAAUCUACUCCACCACAAUCAUCACAACAGCAACAGCCAACACAACCAAUAAUGUCUACUUUACCACAGAAUUAUCCUUCAAAUUAUCAAAAUAUAACUCCUCCAUCACAAACUGGUCCUCCGCCAUCCACAACACCGUCUUCGGCAACAUCUUCAACACCAGCAACGGCAUCAAGUUUAUAUCCUUCUGGUCAAGGAACACCGCCACCUCCAUUUCAUAAUCCAUAUAAUUAUUAUCCUCCUGUUCACCCAUCGCAGCCACCUAAUUCUAACGCGCCACCACAACAUCAUGGGUAUAUACCUCCUUUAAACAAUACACCCGGAGAAUUACAGCCCCCUCCAUCACAAGUACCAGGAUACCCCACACAACAGCCGCCUCCAUAUCCAAUGCAACCACCUGCUCAACAUGAAAUUAGACCUCAAUGGGAUCAACCUCAGUCCUUAAUACCGCCGCAACAGCAACAGCAACAACAUUGGGAGCAUCAACCCCCAAUAUCCGAUAAUACUGGUAUAAUUAGUGGUAAUAGACAACCACUACCACCACAGCAAUGGGAAAUGGACAAAAGUCGUCCUUCACCACAAUGGGGUGAAAAUCGACGUGGUCAUUCAAAUAAAUCUCCACCUCAAAAUGAUCAUCAUCAUCGAUCAUACAAACCUUAUAAUAAAUCAUCUCCAAAUCGACCUGGAUGGAAAGGAAAUAAUAAUCGACCUAAUAAUAAUGGCCAAGAAUGGGAUGGAACUAAUAAUAAUGAAGAACAACUUCAAAACACUAAUAAUCCAAGUGAACAAAGGCUAAAUCGAGGAGGUAGAAGACGAUGGGAUUAA